AGGGCCGAAGGCCCGCCCUGGCUUCUCCGGGGUUGUUUGGCCCUGGGGACCCACAACAAACCCACGUGCGCGCGCACCCCCUCCCCCCGGGAACCCCGCUUUCUCCGCAACAUAGUUUUUUUUUCUUGGGGGGUGGGCACCUUGCAGAGUUCGGAUUUCUUCAGAUCCUGGCUGCUGAGUGUCCAGACUGGGAAACUGAGGCCCCAGGCAGGGGUGGGGGCACAGACACCACAACAAACGCACGUGCGCCCUGCUCUGGGAUCUGGCGCGCACCGCCAGCGGGUAGGAGCCGCCCUGCGGAACCCUGCCUUUGUCUCAGCCGCGGGGGAGGGAUCCACGCUGGGGGUGUCACUUGCUGAAGUAGGACGGCAGAGACAUGUGAAAGGUACCACUUGGACUGAAGCCCAAACUGCUAGGUUUGAAAGCGAAUAACGAAACGAGAAACGGACGCUACAAAAAAGAUUUCCCCAGACUGAGAGUCUGUCCCCGGCGGUGGUGCAUUGCUUGGUGGGAUUGGAACAAUCCCUUACUUGCACCUCACGGAGGUUUCUUAGCGCUGGGGGUUGAAUUAAGAGUCAAUAGGCCUCUCUCCAAAAAGAUAUACGGUGCUUAGCGCACCUUUGUCCCUGCACUCCAGCCACUGCCUCUGUGGGGAGGUCGCGAGCGCCUCCCCAGCUUGCAGAGAGAACCGUCCAAUUAAAACUGCGCCCCGCGCGGUCUCGGGUUGCGUUUGGCUUUUGGUUUGUAGAUUGAACCGCUUAACCAGUCUGGUCCCUUGACCAGCUUGGUCCCUUUUGGCUUGGUAGGUAUUUUCACAAGCAAGGCCAGCCGAGGUCUCUUGUUCUAGGCAGAAACACUUAUUUUCAUUUCUGUUCGAGUUAAUAUGAGAGACAUUCCGAAGUCUUGAGAGGGCUCUUGUUUGUUUUGCUUUUUCUCUGCUUACGUGUGUUCAGCUCCGCUUUGCAGAUGUUAGCUAAUCAGACCUGUUCAGAAUUGGACUCCUAGAUAGUGAUGCUGGCGCAGGGGCAAGCCUUGAGGUUGUGGGGGUGGGCGGUGUGCGCAGGCACCCAGGCACUGCUGCCGGAGUGUGCUUGUAGAGCGGUGUGGCUGCGGUCUCCUUGGCUGGUACUGUUUGAGAUUAACCUGUCCCUGGGAAACACUGGACCUCCUCCAGCCCCACCACACUGUUACUGGGAGUCUAGAGAGCUUCCAGGAACCCUCUUACUUCACAAGCAACAAAUGGAGGCGUGGAGACUUCAACCACUUGUUCAAGUUUAAAUAGAGUGAAAUCAGCAAGAGAGCUAGCGAGAACCUGAGUUUGGGUCUCUCCAAACAAUAAAGGCAGGAUAGAGCCAGUUGUGCAGAGCUCUGCAGCUGGCAGCCCUUAGGAGAAGCUUGGAAGCCAUGGAACCCAGCUGAAGUGCACUGGCCUCUGGAGUCUGCUGAAGUCCUGAUGCCUGGUCUCUGUUCCAGCACUGAGGUCUUCAGGUCUAGUCUCCAAGCCAGAAUGGACCCCAGGCUGCCGGGGCAGUAUUGAGUCCCAGCCACUAGACCACCACAGGCUGGCGUCUCACGAAGCCGCAGCAGGAACUUCGCUGACGCUCAGAUGUUAUUUGAUCAUGCUGAGACAAAUGAGCCUUGGCCUCCAUAUCCAAUAAAGCAAACAUCACUCACAUGGAGACUAGUGCUGGUUCCUGAGGACCUGGAGGGUCUGCAGCCCCAGGGAUAUUAGUCAGAAGCAGGCUGGUUUUCCCGCCCAGAACAGAGUUGCUUCCUUGAAUGCAUCUUCAUUAUGAUUCACACCAACGUGAAGAAAAAGUUCAGCUGCUGUGUGCUGGCCUUUCUCUUGUUUGCUGUUAUCUGUGUGUGGAAGGAAAAGAAGAAAGGAAGUUACUAUGAUUCCUUUAAGUUACAAACCAAGGAAUUUCAGGUAUUGAAGAGUCUGGAGAAACAGGACAUGGGAUCUGGUCCCCAGUCUGCCUCUUCAGGCAUCACCCAGGACCCUGGCAGGAACAGUCAGACCCACCACAGUUCCGGGGGCCCAGUCAAGGCCAAGCCUGCGGGCUCUUACCAGGUGUGGAACAAGGACAGCUCUUCUAAAAACGUUAUCCCUAGGCUGCAGAAGAUCUGGAAGAAUUAUCUGAAAAUGAACAAGUACAAAGUGUCCUACCAGGGGCCAGGGCCGGGUGUCAAGUUCAGUGCAGAGGCCCUGAGGUGCCACCUCCGGGACCAAGUGAACGUAUCCAUGGUUGAGGCCACAGAUUUUCCCUUCAAUACCUCUGAAUGGGAGGAUUACCUGCCCAAGGAGAACAUUAGGACCAAGGCUGGGCCUUGGGGCAGGUGUGCUGUCGUCUCAUCAGCAGGAUCUAUGAAGUCCUCCCAACUGGGCCAAGAAAUAGAUGGUCAUGAUGCUGUCCUGAGAUUUAAUGGGGCACCCACAGCCAGCUUUCAACAAGAUGUCGGCACGAAAACCACCAUCCGCCUGAUGAACUCGCAGUUGGUCACCACAGAAAAGCGCUUCCUCAAGGACAGUUUGUACAAUGAGGGAAUCCUGAUCGUGUGGGACCCAUCUGUGUACCAUUCAAAUAUCCCAAAGUGGUACCAGAAUCCCGACUACAGUUUCUUUGAUAACUACAAGAGCUACCGGAAGCUGCAUCCUGAUCAGCCCUUUUACAUCCUCAGGCCCCAGAUGCCUUGGGAGCUGUGGGACAUCAUUCAGGAAAUCUCCCCAGAGGAGAUCCAGCCAAACCCUCCAUCUUCUGGGAUGCUUGGCAUCAUCAUCAUGAUGACACUGUGUGACCAGGUGGAUAUUUAUGAGUUCCUCCCAUCCAAGCGCAAGACCGAUGUGUGCUACUACUACCAGAAGUUCUUUGACAGCGCCUGCACCAUGGGCGCCUACCACCCGCUACUCUUUGAGAAGAACAUGGUGAAGCACCUCAACCAGGGCACAGACGAAGACAUUUACCAGUUUGGAAAAGCCACACUGCCUGGCUUCCGGAGCAUUCACUGCUGAGCCUGGACUGCUGCCAGGUGUCCUUAUCUUUCUCCAUUGGGCAUUUUCAAGCUGCUCUCUUAGCCACUCUGACCUGGGAAGACCAAGUCCCUGAACAGUCCCAGCCUGUCCCUGGUGUGCUAGGCAGUGUCAGUGAGCGCUCUGGGGCUUCAAGCACCUGAGGGCAAGGAAGCAGGUCCAGCCUGCCCUGCAGCCGCAGACGUGAGCGCAGUGCCCGUGUCACACAUGUACACGCACACACACACAAUGUUCUUUUCAGACAGAGUUCUCCUCUCCUUCCCCACAAGCAGAUGCAGGAUCAAUCUUUGCCACCAGGGCUGCCAAAGCUGAGCGUUUUCCCCACCUGAAUGAUGCUAUUCAUGCCAACCAGCGCUCUGUAUUACGUGAAAUCUGCACCGUGAUGUUGAUUUCAUGUUUUCAAGACAUUCUCCCAAAUUCUGAUUGUGCCUGGUACAGAAUGACACAGGGUAGG